CUCCUCUUUCUCCCUCGCUACGCUUUCUUUUCUUUGAAGAAGAAAACUUAUUUCCUCGCUCUUGUGGAUGGACUACGAUUUCAGAACCAGGUCCGGUCAAUCAUACGACGUACAAUUCCCGAUGUACCGGGCAGUCACAUCAUCAUCAUCAUCGGCGCCGUCCAGCCACCCGAUGUACGGACCGUCGCUCUAUCCUCGGGUGGGUCAACCCGGCCCCACCAUGUCUCCUUCCGCACCAAGUCGCCCCGCUCCCUCUCCCUACCACCACCACCACACCUCCACUAUCACCCCGUCCCCUUCUUCAGGAUUGGGAAUUAGGGUUACGAUAAAGCCGCAGUAUCGGAUCACUCCUCCGCCUCAAUUGUCACCACAAGUAGGAGAUAUUCCCCGAAGCAAUUUCCAAUUCGACUUUGAAGUAGAGAGAAAAAUUUUGGCUGAAGCAGAGAAGGACAUCCCAAAUUGGAGCAGGCUUGGGUUGGAAAACCUUCCAUCUAGAGCUAUGGGGUCGGCAUCUCCAUCUCCAUCGGGUCCUGUUGCAGAUCCUGUGGUGAGCAAAUAUAUUUCUUCAGGACUCAGCCGAGAAGCUGUUCCUCUUGCGGUUGCGAAUUAUGGGGACAAUCCAACCAAGGUUCGAGAAUUUGUCAAUGCCUACACGCUUCUAAGAGAAAUGGGAUUUUCAUCGAACAAUGUUGCCGAAGCCUUAGUCAUGUAUGACAACGACACAGACAAGGCACUUGCUCAUUUCCUUAACAGUCCAUCAUGAGAAUUUGGGGAAUGUGUUGCCGUUUGUACUAGUGAAUAUUAGAGUGGUGAUUCAUACGAACAGUCGUGUAUUUGUUUUGAACUCUCAACACUGGCUUUAGAACAUCAUGGUGUUUUGCACGAUGUGGUGCAUUUUAUGUCCUUCCUGUUAGUAGGUUAUAUAUUGUAUCUAAUCUUAUCAUGCAAUAGAAUUCCUUUAUAUA